GCGAAAAGCUGCAGCUCAGUCGUCUGGAAAGGCGAAGUGAACGGCGAGGAAGACUCGUCUGUCUGCAGGACGCAAGCCCCGGUUCCCCUCCUCCGGAUCGCGUCCCCCUGAGAAAAAAUCUACAAAAAUGGAGCUGCCGGCGGUGGGGGAGCAUGUCUUCGCGGUGGAAAGCAUCGAAAAGCAGCGAAUCCGGAAGGGCCGAGCGGAGUAUCUCGUCAAAUGGAGGGGAUGGUCUUCCAAGUAUAACACGUGGGAGCCGGAAGAAAAUAUCCUGGAUCCCAGGCUGCUAAUCGCUUUUCAAAACAGGGAGAGGCAAGAGCAACUUAUGGGAUACCGCAAGCGAGGACCAAAACCAAAGCCACUGGUAGUUCAGCUGCCAUCUUUUGCACGUCGCUCUAAUAUCCUCACCGGCCUGCAGGACCCAGCCGUGGAAAACAGGCCCAAGCUGGAUCUCAGCAGCUCAGGCAAAAGUCAGCAGCAUCAGUACGAACUCAACAGCAAGAAGCACCAUCAGUAUCAGCCCAACAGCAAGGAGAGCAGCAUCAAACACCAGUCGCACAGUAAAGGGAAGUACUACUAUCAGCUGAACAGCAAAAAGCACCACCAUUAUCAGCCGGACCCCAAGAUGUAUGAACCUCACUACCAGCCUAACAGCAAGGAGCCACAGCAAGGACAGGCCUGCUUGGAUCAUAGCAAAAGCCCCUUAAUGUCCCAGUCAGACAAAUGGUCCCAUGGCUCCACAAAGAGUUUGCUGAAUCCUGUCAAGAGUUUGAGUGGGGUUGAAGGAAAGAACGGGGCAGAGAAGAACCUCUCCAGUGGCACAGGGCCACCACCAGCAUCUCCCCGGGAGGGCGUGUCCAGCAAUGGCAUUGGUGGCAAAAUGAAAAUUGUGAAGAACAAAAAUAAGAAUGGACGCAUUGUGAUUGUCAUGAGCAAGUACAUGGAGAAUGGCAUGCAGGCAGUAAAGAUUAAAUCUGGAGAGGCCCCGAAGAAGCGGGUAGCUGAGGAGAGGACUACUAAGAGAGGGUCUGAGGAGAGGCAGGAGUCCUGGAAAAAGCCCUGGGAGGAGAGGUGGCUGAGUAGCGGUCUCAGAGGGAAAGCUGCCACAGAGGCCAGUCAGCUUCCUUCUGAGAUAGGAAGCAGCCCUUCCAAGACAGUGGCCUCCAGCCAAGAGCUGCCUGUUCCUGAGCAGCAGCCUCUGCAGCUGACUACCAAGCCCAGCCUGGCUUCCUGGACCCUGGAUUCCAGCCAGCAGGAGCAGAUCUCCCCUACCCCAGAACUAAGCCUUUCACCCAGUUACGGUGGCUCCCGGAAACGCUGCCUUUCUGAGCCCCACAGAGACAAGGAGAGUGGCAAGAAGCGCCUCACUUCCCGGAGCAUCAGUGCCCCCACCUGCCCAAACUCCCCAGCCCCGGAAAAACUCGAGUCCCCGGCCUUUCCCACCUCUCAGCCUGAGGUCAUCCUGUUGGACUCUGACUUAGAUGAGCCCAUAGACUUGCGGUGUGUCAAGGCUCGGGGGGACAGAGAGCCUGGCCUAGUACAGGUGAAGCCAGAGAUUGUGCCGGUGUCACCAGAGCAGUCGGGGCCAGAGCCGGAGAAGCAGGUGGAACACUUUGAAGUGGAGGAGGAAGAGGAGCCCGUGCAGGAGUUCAAGCCUUUUUUUGGGAAUAUAAUAAUUACAGAUGUGACUGCAAACUGCCUGACAGUAACCUUUAAGGAAUAUGUGACAUUGUGAGGAGUUAAGGGCAAGCUCCUCCUCCUGCCUCUCUCCCUUGGCAGCCUGGCUCCUCCCUUAAGAUACCGCUCUAGCUCUAUCCGGAGAAACUCUUUGGCGCUGCGGAGCAGCAGCAAGGAGUAGGUCUUCUCCAGAGAUCAAACAUAUGUACUUUGAUGCCUGGAAGAAGGGAGGGUUAGGAUGCAAGGCUUCCCCUUGGCCUUCGGGACUGAAGGUUUACUCCAAGGCGCUCUUGGCCUGCCAGAGUCUUGGGCAUCAGGGGUGCCGGCUCCCCAGAUAACUCACGGGAGAAGAGUUCUAUAGUAUUAUAUUUUAACAGUGCUAACUUGUUCAGUGGUUCAUGCUCCCGUUUGUAUGUGGUGUUGCUAAAAAUGUAUUGUUUGAACUGAAGGCAGGCCUCCCCAGGUGGGUCAUGCAAUUAUAUUUAUUUGUAGGUAUUUAUAUAAUGAAAUAUAAAAAGCCUAGAUUUAUGGAGUUCCCUAGAUUGCCCUAUAUAUAUAUAUAAUUAUAUUAAAUACAUAUAUAUUAUAUAUAUAUAAAAAGCUAUAUCAAAAUAUUUUCUUUCCUUCCCUUUUUUAAAAGCCACUUCUCUUUUUUUGAUUUCCUCGCUCCUUGUUUUCAUAAAACUGCAGGACCAUCAUUCAUACACACACACACACACACACACACACACACACACACACACACACAGAUUUCUAUCUCAGUGUGCAACCCCCACCCCCAAAUAAUCUAAAGCUAUUAUAGAAAUUGCUGCUACUAGAAAUGUCUAAACUAUAAGCUUCCAAUUAUUAUGAAUUGCUUGAAUGUAAAUAUUAAAUGGUAAUAUGUGGAAAGUGCAUUUGAUGUUCUGCAGUUGGCCUAGGCCGGGAUGGCAAAGGCUAGCUAUGAAGCAGGAGGGCCGCAGCCCCUGAGAGGCACCUUGGUGCCUUCAGAAACCAGAGGGAGGAGAAAGGUAAACUCUGUGUCAUGCAGUCAUUACAAAGGUCUAUAAACCUUUCCAAAAAUGACAGGUGGUGUGAGUCCUUUUAUUGAUACUUUGGGGAUCCUGAGGUCUGGCUGCAACACAUUUCAAGUGGCCAACCUGGAUGCUUGCUUUUCAGUUGCAGGCAAGAGAGACCCGUGGUAAUACCUUUGUGGUGCCGUAAAUGGGACUUCAUGACAUCCGAAGUUCUCAAAAGCUGGACUUGCAAGUGAUAGGCAAGUGGUUUUGCUUUUGAAUGCUUUUGCUUUUGAAUGCUGAAACAGUGCAGGAAAGAGGGAGGAGCCACACACAUUUAUUAUCACCAAACUGGUUAGUACAUAAUGGGCUGGAACAUGGUGUUCUGUAAUAGAAAACAUUGGUACCUUCUUAAGAAGUCAAUUUUAAUUUCUUAAGGAAACUUAAAUAUAAUGAGUCAUUGUGAUGGAAUCAUAGUAAAAGGCUUCUUUCUCCACUGCCCGUGACAUCUAAUCCUUAAGAAUGAUUUAAUAUGAAUGUGGUGGGUGUUCUGCCCUAUAAGGUUGGGGUGUGUGCAGGAAGGUGAAUUUUACAUAGGUAGCAUUUACCAAAUCAUUCUAACUAGUUUUCCAACUAUAGUCACCGGGAUGCUGCUUACCAUUAAGCAAACAAUGUCAGCUUUUGCCUAACCUUGCAUGCUGUGUAGAGAUAAAGAACAUGGCACAGUUAGUGGGUAGCAGCAGCAACAGCUUAUUUGCUGGAAAUGCUAUGAAGAAAGCCAAAUAACAGAUCAGUCUUCCUCAAAGAAUGCGGUCAAGCUGUGGUAACUGAAACCCCUGGUUCAGAGGAUGUUUCAUAACCCCAAAGUAAUAUAUCUCUUGUCUCUGAGAAAUCAAAAUUAACUGAAAAGAAACUUUCCUACCAGAUGUCUCCAGGAUAAGUCCUGAUCAACAGAAUGGAAGGUGCUAGCUUGUACCUCAGCAAGCUGUUGGUUUCUCUAACUCAGCAUUGUCAGUACCAGCAGGAAGGCUGUUUGGGGUUUUCUGCUUGCUAAGCAUGUAUUUGGUCUCUGAACUAAGGAGUGUGGAGAGAAUUCAUUGAAAGUUGGGCCUGAGCUCUAGAAGCGUGGAGGAUACACCAGAUCUGAAUAAUAAUCAAGGCUGAAGUACUUUGCUGGAGACUAC